AUGUCGGUUUCCAUCCCUGAGUUGGACAGCACUGUCCGCGCCUUCUACGAAGGUAAAGGUGACUUGCAAAAGCAAGCUCAACAGACCCUAACAGAAUUCAAGCAAAACCCGGAUGCCUGGUUAAUCGUAGGGAAUAUCCUUCAAGAGUCAUCUUACCCUCAGACUAAAUAUCUCGCCCUUCAAGUUCUCGACGAUGUUAUUAUGACAAGAUGGAAGGUUCUACCCAGAGAGCAAUGCCUAGGUAUUCGGAAUUUUAUCGUCAAUUUCAUCAUCGAGAACUCGCAAUCAGAGGAAAAGUUGAGGAGCGAACGGGCCUUUAUAAACAAGCUGAAUCUAGUUCUUGUCUCUAUAUUGAAACAAGAGUGGCCGCAUAACUGGCCGACUUUCAUCAACGAAAUCAUCUCAUCAUGCCAUACCAGCCUCUCAAUCUGCGAAAACAACAUGGCUAUCCUGCGACUGCUCUCCGAAGAAGUUUUUGAUUUUUCCCAGGAUCAGAUGACCUCCGUUAAAGCCAGAAAUCUGAAGACUUCCAUGACACAAGAGUUCUCAUCAAUUUUUCAGCUGUGCUCCGAGGUGCUCAACACGGCCAACCAACCUAGCCUCGUCAAAGCUACCCUCGAGACCCUUCUCCGAUUUUUGAACUGGAUUCCAUUGGGGUACAUCUUUGAGACCCCCAUUAUAAAUACCCUUCUCACACGAUUCCUCGAUGUUCCCGAAUUUCGUAAUGUGACUCUGAAGUGUCUCACGGAGAUUGGAGGGCUUCAGAUUGGAAAUCCGUAUAAUUAUGAUGAAAGGCUGGUUCACAUGUUCACGGAAACCCUCACUAUUGUCUCGAAGAUAAUUCCGCUAUCAAUGGACCUUAAGCAGACCUAUGCCAAAAGCAACUCCAGAGACCAAGAGUUUGUACUUAAUUUGGCAUUGUUCUUGUGCAGCUUCUUCACCGCUCACCUCUCUCUCGUUGAAAAACUGCCGAAUCGUGACUACCUCACCCAUGCGCAUUUUUAUCUUAUUCGUAUCAGUCAGAUCGAUGAUAGAGAGGUCUUCAAGAUUUGCCUGGAGUACUGGACCAGGCUUGUGCAAGAACUUUACGAGGAAAUGCAGCAGCUCCCAAUCACGGAUAUCAACCCCUUGGUCAGCAUGGGCGUCAGUGGUCUGUCUAACGGGGGCGCUCCGCACCCAAGCACCCUGGCGAACUAUCCGCUCCGCAAACACAAGUACGAGGAAGUGCUAUCCAGUCUACGCACUGUUAUGAUAGAAAAAAUGGUUCGACCGGAGGAGGUUUUGAUUGUCGAAAACGAUGAGGGGGAGAUUGUCCGUGAGUUUGUCAAAGAGAGCGACACAAUUCAAUUAUACAAGACGAUCAGGGAGUGCCUGGUGUACCUCACCCACCUGGACGUGGUUGAUACAGAAAACAUCAUGAUUGAAAAACUGGCCAAACAAGUUGACGGAGUGGAAUGGUCAUGGGCCAAUUGUAACACUCUCUGUUGGGCCAUUGGAUCGAUUUCCGGGGCCAUGAAUGAGGAAACCGAGAAGCGUUUCCUGGUCACAGUCAUCAAGGACCUUCUUGGUCUUACGGAGAUGAAGCGCGGAAAGGAUAACAAGGCUGUUGUUGCCAGUAAUAUUAUGUACAUUGUUGGGCAGUAUCCGCGUUUCUUGAAGGCCCACUGGAAAUUCUUGAAGACUGUGGUCAACAAGCUAUUUGAGUUUAUGCACGAGACACACGAAGGCGUCCAGGACAUGGCAUGCGACACGUUUAUAAAGAUUGCCAACAAAUGUAGGCGGCAUUUUGUUGCCCUCCAGCCAGGUGAAAAUGAGCCCUUCAUUGAAGAAAUCGUUCGCAACAUGCGCAAAAUCACUUGUGAUCUCUCACCCCAGCAGGUCCACACUUUCUACGAAGCCUGUGGCUACAUGAUUUCUGCCCAGGGCCAAAAGAGCCUCCAGGAUCGGUUGAUUGAAAAUUUGAUGUCAUUACCCAACUCCGCCUGGGAUGCCAUUAUUGCGCAGGCCAACCAGGAUCCGUCGGUUCUUCAGGACGGCGAAACUAUCAAAAUUAUCGGAAAUAUCAUGAAGACUAACGUUGCUGCAUGUUCGUCUAUUGGGACCUAUUUCUACUCUCAGCUCGGACGCAUCUACCACGAUAUGCUGAACAUGUUCCGGGCGUCAAGCCAGCUUAUUAGCGAUGCUGUUGCACGCGAUGGGAAUAUCGCCACGAAGACGCCAAAAGUCCGAGGCCUUCGAACGAUCAAGAAGGAAAUCCUCAAGCUCAUCGACACAUACGUGCAAAAAGCAGAUGAUUUGGAAAUGGUAAAUGCAAAUAUGGUUCCUCCGCUUCUCGAGGCGGUUCUCGUUGAUUAUAACCGAAACGUCCCCGAUGCUCGUGAAGCCGAAGUGUUGAAUGUCAUGACAACAGUAAUUCAAAAGCUACACAACUUGAUGGAAGACAAAGUGCCGUUGAUUAUGGAAAGUGUUUUCGAAUGCACCCUAGAGAUGAUCAACAAGGACUUUCACGAAUACCCCGAACACCGUAUUCAAUUCUUCAAGUUACUUCAAGCGAUCAAUCUGUACUGCUUCCCAGCCUUGUUGAAACUUGAUGCCACCCAAUUCAAGUUUGUCAUUGAUUCCUGCAUGUGGGCCAGUAAACAUGACAACCGAGAGGUUGAAAAUACCGGUCUCACCAUGUGUCUGGAGCUCAUGAAUAAUAUGGCUGAGACUGAUGUGCAAACAUCAAACAUCUUUUUCCGUCAGUUUUAUAUUCCUAUCUUGCAGGACGUAUUUUUCGUCCUCACCGACAGUGAUCACAAAUCCGGGUUCAAAUCUCAAGCGAUGCUAUUGUCGCGGAUGUUCUACUUUGUCGAGUCUGGAAAAGUUCAGGAUCCCAUCUACACCCCCGAGCAAGCGCCUUUGGGAACUUCCAAUAAGGAAUUUCUCCAAGAAUAUGUCGCCAACCUCUUACAGAAUGCUUUCAAGAACCUGCAAGAGAUUCAAAUCAAGCAGUUCGUGGUGGGCUUGUUUACUUUCAACGACGACUUCAACAAAUUUAAGACCCAUUUGCGAGAUUUCCUGAUUUCAUUGAAGGAAUUUGCCGGUGAUAACGCGGAGCUUUAUGCUGAGGAGAAGGAACAAGCCCUGAAGGAUGCUAAAGCUGCCGAGCGUGACCGUGCGAUGAAAGUGGGUGGUUUGCUGAAGCCAUCCGAGAUGGAUCAUGAGGACGAGCUAUGA